AUCGUCUGGAUGGUGGUUGUGUUGUGCGCUAAAGUCGGUCGGCAAGCAAUUUAAAAGUAACUGCAAUCAAAGCUGAACUAAAAAACUCGGAAGUUAAUAAACCGCAACUUUGAGCGUUGAGAAGCAAAAAAAAGGUUAACAGACUUUGAGCUGUGUUAAUUUCAACAUAAGUUGGAAUUUGAGUGCUAAGCGAAGGAAGUGGAAGGAAGGACAAGAAACAAAUUCGUUUUCUCUGCGCUCCUACUUUGCGUCUCUUUUUCGCUGCGAGAGCGAGUGUAUAUGUGUGAGUGAGAGAAUCUGCAAAAAAGGAACGCCAAAAAAGCGAGAAAUCGAGAAAUAAAACGCAGUGGCGUGUGAAUCACGAGCAAGCUGAAUCAUCACUUACACCAAUACCUAUUGGGCGAAUACAUUAUUGCAGAUAUAUCGCGCAGGAUGGAACAGCACGAAGACGCUCAGUUUGACAACUAUUUGCAGAACCGCCUUGCCGAGAGUCUGCAAAUUACCGGUGACGCCGGUGAGCACCAUCUCCAACUGUCGGACGCUACAGCGGACGAACUCUCUGCUCCUGGCGUCGCGCCCUCCAAAUCGGAAAUAAAGGAUAACGACAGAGAAGGCGACGAGGAGUGGAAGUACAUACACGAGGUCCAGCAAAGCGAAAAGCACGAACAGCAGCAGCAGCUCCUUUUGGCAGCGGAAACCGGCAAUGGAUUUGGUCCAGGGCUGCACUCUGGAGAUUUAGUCUUGGGUCACGGUGCUGCCGCUGGUCUAAAUCUAGACGAGGAGGACGUGGAAUUAAUAAAAAACGAAGGCGAUUUGUCCACUAAUUCUAACACAACCACUUCCACAGACGAGGUGGUGGGUCAGGGCCAGCAGGUAGCAGAACAAUUGGCGGAACAGGAUCAACUAGAGCAGCUGAAAUCUCACCAGGAAGAUGAAGACGAGCCAAGCUCCGUGGCUACUACUUAUGGAACUAGCAGUCUCAGCGAGAAUAAUCCCACACCAUUAGAUCAGGAGAAGGUCGUGCUAUUAUCCCAGCCAGUAGCCCAAGAACUAUUAGCGAGCUUUGACAACAAGGAGAACUUUGAUUGUGCCGGGGAGCUAGAGGAUAACCAUUCCCAGCUUAAUCCCAAUGCUGUGGCCUUUGUACCCAGCUAUGGCUCCCAACCGUCAUCUCCCCUUCGGACUGUGGAUGAUCCCAUACUCGAUUUACAACCCCGCCAGAUUCUGCUUGGUGGUCCCCUGGAUGACCUGGUGGCGGAGAGUCCACGGAAAGGAUCUGCCAGAGACAACAUGGAUACAAUUGCGGUACCCGAUGAGCGUGAGUUCGAUACUGAGGCGAAUAAGCGACCACACGAACUGGAUCAGGAAUCGGACAUUUUUGGCACCAAAAACCUGGAUAUGCAGCUGUUGAACGGUGCAGAAUCCUGUGAGUCAGCGGCAUUAACGAAUGUUCUGGAUCACGGUCCGGAGACCAGUGUUGAUAUGGACUUGUCACUGGAUCAGCUGCCCGCCGGCGCCGAUAUCAUGAAGCAAUCAAUUUAUGCCGAGCACAAUGCCUCUAUUGAAGAUAUCCUGAAUUCCGUGCAACCUCUGCCCAUGCAGACGGGCGAUGAAAAGGAGCUGCUCCAUGUCGAAGAAAAAGAGCAUAUCUCGCAGUCGCCUUCUACUGAGGAGCUUCAGGUUCAAGAGGAGGUACAGCAGGAGCAACAUCAUCAAUCGUUCAUGAGUGACGCUGAUCAGGAUCCAAUGCAGGCUUCAUUUUACUUGGAACAUACUUCUAAGGAGACGCUACCAUCGGAGCACGAGCCAGAACCUUAUCCAGUGAAAAGCUCUGAACUUUUUGCGGAUCAGAGUUUGUUGCUUGACACAAGUGCACCACAGUUUAGCCCGGAGUCAGACUCGCGUGUGGAGAAACUAGAGCUAGAGUCCCAGCAAGCUGAAAUAGUGGACAUCACACCUUCACCUCUUUCUUCUACUGAAGAGAAGCAUCUGGUUGAGGACACCAAGGAGCUGGUUGAGAAGCCCAAGCUCGAUCAGGAAUCCCAUUUCUUGGAGUCUUUUUCGGCCGGAGCUCUUCCACAGAUGGAAGAGUACGCUGCUUUAAAUGUAGCUUCCGGCUCUGAAGCUCAAAAUCAAGAAAUAUCGCCUGUACCACAAGGUAUUAAUCCUUUUGCCCAGCCUUUCACGCCAGCACACCUGGCGGAGAAGCAUGUGGAAGAGGAGUCUACACCUAUACAUCAGGAAGCACUGGCCGCCAGCCUUGAUGAACUGGAGUUGCACGAGGAACUAGAUGUGGAUCAGUACUUUGGCAAGCCUAAUGCGUCCUCCGAGCACUUCGCUUUAGGUGAUAAGGAGCAAAAGAAUGAUGAAAUUUCUCUUAAAAAUUUUGUUUCCGAGGAGGAACAUAUUUCUGUUCCAAAGAAUGAAGUGGUGCAUACUAUCGGAGACUUUGUUUCCCGGGAAGACGUUGCCACUGAAACGAAAGACUUUGUUCCCUUAAAUGAGCAACCUGGUUCUUCAGAGGAGCAAGUGAUUUUUACUGCUCCAGAGGAGCAAGUGAUUUUUACUGCUCCAGAGGAGCAAGUGAUUUUUACUGCUCCAGAGGAACAAGUGAUGUCUGCUGCUUUAUCGGAGCAACUCCAGUCUGAUGCUCCAGGGGAGCCACUCAUGUCUGAUGCUCCAGGGGAGUCACUCAUGUCUGAUGAUGUAGAGGAGACAUUAAAUGUUGCUACACAGAAAUUAAUUAUUUCUCAGAUCGUAGAGCCAUUGGUAAAUGCUGUUCCAGAAACAAAAAAAGAAGAUGAUUCUUUGGUUCCUGUUGCCGAAGUACUUUCUGUUGCUGCACCUGUGGUUAUCGCAUCCAAAUCCAACUCAGCGGCUAAAGCAGGUGCUAUUGCCGGAGGUGCUAGACCUAAACCAGUAGCCUCUGCAAAUAAAACGACCACUGUUAGCUCGACUGCUGGUCGCCCACGCACCGCUCCCGUUGCAAACAAAGCCACAAGUACAGCCACUAAACCUUCGAAUUCAACGCAGCCAACAGCAACCACUCGGAAAAUUCUAAGCAGCAAUGCAGCAUCUGCAGCGAAACCUGCCCCCAAGUUAAGCAGCACACGAGCAGUCACAGCUCCUGUAAGCAAGACGUCAUCGGGGGCCAAGGCCGUAGCUAGUAAGCCGACUGCAAGUGGAACUGCAUUGGGAACUGCAUCUGGAACCCGAGCAUCCGCUCGUCCUUUGGCUAGUACCACAGCUCGCAAGCCAGCUACAAGUGGGGUAGGAUCAGGGACUGGAGUUAGCUCAUCAGCUCGCAGACCGGUACCAAAUACAUCCGGAACGGGAUCGGCUCCUAGCAGCGCUGCUUCGAACAAGGCACGUCUGGCGGUCACUGCGACGGCCCCAGCCAAGCCAAAAGCAUUAUCGCCGCGCAGCACAACUUCCACUACCAGUGUGCGCAAGGUGCCAAGCACAAAUACCACUUCUAUUUCAUCUCGCAGUCCUACGAAGCCGACAGCCAAUGGAGUGGGCAAGAGCACCGUCUCCAACUCUGCCAAUACCACCACUACAACCACAACGAUCACAAAGACAUUCACAGCACGCCCGGCUCCAAAGUUUACCCACUCGGUAAACUCAACUAUUAGCAAUGGGAGCACAACUCGACGGCAGCUAGUUCCUAGUAACUCAUCUGCAACAACCACAACGAAUAUAAGGAAGUCAUCGCCUUCAAAGGCAUCGCCAGUCAAAGCAGCCUUUAAACCGCUGACACCGAAACCCAAAGAAACCGCAACAACCAAACCAUCGCCAGCUGGCUUAAAAGCACGAAAAUCUACACCCCUAAAGGGAUCCACUUUAAGCAAGGAAGCAGGAACAACACCUCGAAUCGAAACUACUUCAACGAACAAUGGUCGGAUUAACGCGGAGGAUGCCGGAAAGCACAAUGGAAACGGGCUUUACGAUGUGGAGGUGGUCCAGCCGAUUCACGAACAACAGUUUCAGGAUCAAGUUGACCCUCCCCAAAAUGGUGAAGCGGCCCUAUUGGAUAUUUAAAGUACAUCUCAGAUUCCAAGGCACAGAGCUAAAACUACUUUACCAAUAUUAUAAAUCAUAUUAAGCAAAAGUAUUUAGCGCGAACAGAAAAAGGAGUUGCGAUCAAAUAAAUCAUAAAGGAAAGAUUGAAUCAGUAUACUGCUAACAAAAUUAUGAAUUACUACUCAUUGAAUUUAUUUAUAUUCGACUACGUCUUUGAUUUUUUGCCUUGUAUUACUGUCUAAUAAUGUAUUUUAUUGAAAUGGCGUCAGAGCAAAAUAUUGUUUGUGCUAAUUUGUGAAGAAAACGAAAGAUCAAUAUCACCAAGUGCUCCGUUUUAUUUAAGAUUUAAGAUGUUUUAUUUAUUAAUUGUUCCUCACCCUCUGUUAGUUCUUGCUCAUGUGCUAAAAGAAAUUUUAUACAACUUUUUCAACCCAUGGACAAAAGCGGUGUUGAAGAACUCAAGAAAUUACCAUUGUCAUUUAACACGAUUGAAAACAAUUAAGAAAUGGUUAAAAAACGUAACCCAAAAAAGUAUCCAAAUUAAAUAGUUUGCGUGUAGCAAGAAACAGAAGAGGAAUUAAAGUCCAAGUUUAACUGUAGCUUUUAGUGAGCAUACUAACACGUAUAUACUGAAAAUUGAAAACGAAUUAAAAACUCGAACGAAACUAAUCCAACAAAACGUAACGUAAUUUGAGCAGAUGAAAACGUAGACUGUUAACCACUAAAAAGUAAUAAUCUAAAAAAAUAAUUAAGAAUUUAUGUGUUUUAAUUGUCUUACCAGCACCGCACUCUUUCAGAUUUAAAGCUCAGACAAUUAACUUGUGUUAUACAAGUUUUAUUUUUGAACAAUGCUGAAAACAUUAUAAUUGAGUUUAAAAAAUAUAUGAAUCCCAGCACUAAAUUUAUUAGUUUAAAAAACCCAGUGUUAUACUUUAAUUUGAGGAAUACAAUUUAAACAUUUUUUAAUUUGUCAAAAAAGUCAUCAUACUUAUUGGAAACAGGAUCAUACUGUACGACCAUGUUUUAAUUUGUUAAAUUUGCAGGAAUAGAAAAAACAGACUUAAAAUGCAUUAACAUUGAAUGUAACUCCAGCACCCCACUACUCAUAUGUAUGGUUAAAACGAUAUUACCAAUUAAAACAAAAUGAACAAAAAAACAUUAAAAACAAAAGAUA